UAAAUUGUAAUACAAAUGUAAGGAAAAUUAAAAAUAGAAAACAAAACAGUGCCACAAUAUUAAUAUUUUUUAACAAAAAGUGAUAAUUAGUGUUUUCUUUGAAUUAACGAAUACAUGAAAAAUUAAUUUUGUUCCGAAUACGUAACUAUAAUGAUGCAGAAAAAUAAUAAAGUGCAUGCAAUGGAAGCAGACGACAAUUCUAUUAAUGUAUACAAAUUUCCUAGUGGUGGCGACCAAAAUCAAAACACUCAUCGAAAUAAAUCAGCUGGUGGCUCAAAGAGGAAAAAGGGAACAACACGRCGGAAGAAGCGCCGAUUUACGCAUAUUGAAAAGGAUGCGCCCGAAGAACAACAACAAACKUUAAACAAUAAAAAAUUAUGCAUAAUUUGUGGGAAUAGCCAGGAAAUAGUUGAUUUAUCAGCUAAUCCGAUAAUGAAAAAGACUAUGGCCUCUUACUGUGAAGGCGAUGGUGUGAAUUUGGAUGAAUGUUUAUCAUCACUCUGUAUUACUUGUGUAUUUAAAUCAAGAGCUGUAAGAGAAGUACAGAACAAUAUCAAAGUGCGCUUGCAAGGGCUUGGAAAUGGUCAACUAUUAAAAACGUCCCAGUGUUCUACGAAGAAAGAAGAAAAUUUGGAUAUCUCUGACUAUAAUGAAGAUAUUGAUAUAGAAGGCAAUAUCAGACUAAAUAAUAAAGAAAGCCGUUUAAAGAAAACACGUACCAAUGGUUUACGUGAAACAACUCCUCGCCUGCCUACUGYGGCUACCCUCGAAGCAUCACCUGCAACAAAUUCGCCAACUUUUAAUCAUCUUCAAUUCACAACACUCAGUAAAUGCAUUGGUAUCAACACGGUGCUCGAUAAUUCCAUGGAAGAUGUUGAUAAUAAAAAUACUGUACAACUUACAAAAUACAGAUUGACUGAGAUUUCYGGUACAACGACGUCAAUACAACAAUUGGAAGCCAAGGGUACGGAAUAUAAUCCCGCKGUUACUAGUUCACUCUUAUCCACAGAAAGGAUCGAAUUAUUAGCAUUAUCAAAUGUGCCUGACUUGCCGACAUCGUGUUCAAAUUCCACACAUUCACAUAAUGGUAUGAAUCAAUCAAUGCUACAGGUUAUCCGAGAACGUUCCGAAUCGGUUUUAAUAACAGAAUCGGGUGGAAAAAUCAACAAUUACAAAAAUGCGCCACGCGCAAAGUCGCGCAGAGUGUGUCGUCACUGUGGUAACACUUUUAUGCGCAAAGAUCACUAUAAUAAACAUGUACGGCGCUGUUACUAUCAAAAUACUCGAAGUUCGGCCUUAUUGAGUGCCGAUGUUACGAAUAAACUUGACAAGAGUCAAACAGUGCCACAAGUAAGUGCCAAGCGAAAGCCAGUGAACAGUGUYAACCAGAGUGUAAGCCCGACCACUACGGAUCGUGCCAGACGUAUACGUCAGUUUCAUUGCACCGAGUGUCAAGCCACGAUGGAUAGUAUCACUCUCCUGAGACAGCACCGUGCAACACAUCUACGUGAAUACAAAUGCGAUAUGUGCUAUCAAAAAUUUAGUACAUUAUAUGAACACGACUUUCAUCGUAUCGUUUGUUUGGCCGAAAAGGAAGUGUGGCAAGAACAAACGCAUAGUGAAGACGAAGAAAAUACUGCAAAUGAUGACAAGAAAUCUGUGGUUAGAUCCGAACGCGCAAUCGCAAAGUCUACCGCCAGCCGUCGGUUGACACGUGCGCAAAGCCGUGCUCGUACAGAUGUCGUGGAAAAACCUAAAAACCAACCAACCUUAAAACGCCGUUUAACUGUUUUAACCAGUGUCUCCCGCUAUGUGCAUAGCAACAAUAACAGUGAUGAUAGUGAUAUAGAUGAUGAUGAUGAUGUUUCCAUUGCCGAUUCAAUGGAUUCAAGGCGUAGAGUAUAUACAGGUGAUUGGCUAGAGAGACGCAACGAUAGUAUAGUUUACGACCUGCCUAAUAUACAAAUUGGCAGUGCAAAAGAAUAUGAUCUUUACCUGUUGGAUAGGCUGAAAGCGCAAAUUAGAGCACAGGAGUUUACAUGCUUAACAGACGACUGCGAUUUUUUCACCGAUACACUAUUGAAUUUAAUGCUACACGAUUAUGUACAUCAUUUUAAAAGCUCAUGGUUCUACUGUCAAAAAUGUGGCAGCGUUUUUACAAGCAAAGUUUUCUUGGACUACCAUUUGGACCGGCAGAAUGGAGGCAGAUACAUUUGUUACAAAUGCAAUGAACAAUUUAUGUUUCAACAUCAAUUGGAUUUACAUCUAAUAUAUCACACAAAGCAGCUGAAUYAUACCUGUGAUAAAUGUAAAUGUGAAUUUCUCUCGGAAGAGAAAUUGGCUCUUCAUACGAAACUUGAGCACAGUAACGAAACCGACAAGAAUUUAAUAUGCAUACAAAGUAAGGCAACAUAUGCGUCUUCUCGGUCGCCAGGCGAAAACGAGUAUUUGAAUGGCAGGCAACGGAAAAAGUACAACGUCAAAAUACUCAAUAUGCGGCUACCUUAUAUGCCUUCGAGAAGACCGUUAGAGUUACCAGGUCAUAAGCCAUAUCGACGACGUAUUGGYGUUAUUGAAUUCGAAAAUGAGCGAAAUCCAAAUUGUUGUAGUUGUAAAUAGUGCCACACGUUCGUUAGCAAUAUACAUUUGCUUACGGUUCUCCUGAUUCGUCUGACAAAGAAAAUCAACAACACCUGGAGAAUAUUUAUAUUAUACCAAAUACUUAAACAUGAAUCAGUUAUGAAGCCUCAAAUAUCUUUGAUUCAUAAAAACAAAGUAAAACAGCUGAUUUUGACGUUAAGCGUUAAAAUUUUAACAUUUUUUUUUUAACAAGUUGUUGUUUUCAGGCUGUCGACACAACCUUAUUUAAUUCAAUCAUGUACUUAACGGUACAAAGAAGUUUUAUAACGCAACUAUUGUUGUAACAUUUUUUUCGCUUCCGCGCCUGUUUGUGAGAUGAAUUCAUGUAAUUUGUCAGUAAUGUUUGCUCAACUCAAUUUCGAAUUGAAUAUUGUUAAUUGUAUUAUAAAAACAUAUAGUUAAAUCUUCGAUUGUGCAAAAUUUAGUGGUUUUAAAUCAAUUUAGCAAAUUUUUGUACGAAUCGCAACACUAAUUUCCUGAAUUAUCAAUACGACUUUAUUAAAUAUUUUCUUAAUUUAUUGUGAAACAUUAAAGUUCGGGUAAUUUUAAUUGUAAUGGAAAAAUAUACAUAUUGGACCAGUAWGAGUUGAGAUCGCAUUCAAAAAGUCUGAAGUGUGAACCCUUAAUUUUCAUAGGUACAUAUGUAUGUGUUUUUCAAAUAAUGUUAGUUAAACAAUGUUAGAAAUUAAUGUAUUUUAUGAACAUAAUUGACAUCACUUAUUGUAGAAAAUUGUGCAAUUGAAUCACAUUCAUAUGUUAAUGCACACCCGUAUUUUUUUACCUCGUUGUAGAUGUUGUGUUUAAUACUAUUUGAGAGAAUUGUCCAUACAGUACCAUUAAUUAAUGAUAAAUAAAUACGCUUUCAAGUAAAUCGAA